AUGCCACGAUCAAAAGAGAUCUCUGAGCACCUCCGCAAUGCAGUGAUUGCUGCUCAUCAGUCCAAAAAGGGCUACAAAACCAUUGCUAAGACUUUGGGGCUGCAUCUAUCCACUGUCAGAGCAAUUGUUUACAAAUGGAGAAGGUUCAACACCACAGCCACUCUACCCAGGAGUGGUCGCCCUGCCAAAAUGUCUCAGAAAGCAAUCCAGCAAAUCCUCAUCAACGAAGUCACAAACAACCACAGGGUGUCUUCAGAGGAUACGCAGGUCAGUCUCACCAUAGCUAAUGUGACUCUUCAAGACAGAGCAAUCCAAAAAAGGUUUAGAAGACAAUUUGACCUGUUAGUUGUAUUCCGAUUGGCUUCAAGGUGUUUUUUAUACCGAUCUGAAUAUGCCAUAAUUUUGUCAAUGACCAAUCAGUAGUGAUGUCCCGAACAGUUCGCCGCGGACUCAUCAUUCCAGCCAAUCAGCAGCAGACCCUCCCUCCCAGACUCUCCCAUCUCCUGGGCAGCUCACUAAGAAUGCAGCUUCAAAAUGGAUGCUGUCCAGGAGGAGGGAGGGUCUGCUGCUGAUUGGCUGGAAUGAUGAGUCUGCGGUGAACCGUUCGCGGCGAACCGUUCAGGACAUCACUACCAAUCAGUAUACAAACGAGAAUAAGGUAAUGGCCAAACAACUGACUUCCUAAAAUGAGAGAAUAAAAUUAACUAUUCCAUAACACAUAUAUAUUUUAACUGUAUAUAUUUGCUUAAAAUUAAACAUUUAUUUUUGUCACACAUGCCACACACCAGUAUAUCAUAGCAUUCCAAAAAGGCAAGGUAAUCAAAACUAACUCAUGUGUUAAGCUAAGGCAAAUCACAUAGAAUCCGUUUUCUACAAACUAUAAAGUUAUAAUAUACAAAAAGGCUCCUAAUUUAAAUCCUUUGCUAUGGGUCAUAAUGUGAAUGCUGGGAAUGGACAAGGCAACUCAGCCCCCAUGCACCCAUAUGCUCUUGCAGCUUCUAACUUCCCAUCUUGUUGGUAGAUGCAAGAGGUUUAAAGAUGCCUGGGCACUGCGUAAUAUUUACAGACAUUACAACUACUCUGCAAAAGUUAAAAAUACCAGAAACAAUUCAAUGGAAAUUACUUUUGAGCUAAACAUGUGCAAGAAAUUUGGCAAGAACAAAGUAUAUCUAAACUGUAAUCACAUAGAAGCUAGGUCGACUGGUCAGAUUUAUACACUUUAAAGGGAUCUUCUAAGCACCAAAACAACUGUAGCCUAAUGAAGAAGUUAAAACACUUUCUGCAGCCCUAGUAACACCUCCCCUGACUGUGACUCACACAGCUUGCAUGGAAAAAAUGGCUUCAUUUUAAAUCAGAUGUUUAUAUCCUGCUCUGUAAAUUGAACUUUAUUCACACGCAGGCGGCUCCUACAGGCUCUAGUUGGCUAAUAACACAGCAGAAGAUAAGGAAGUUUAAACAUUAGAUUUCUCUUUGUAGGAAGUGUUUAGGAAAGCUGCGUAAGUCACAUGUGGGUGAUGUAUACACAAAGUGAUUUAACUCCUAAAUGGCAGAGAAUUGAGCAGCGGCACUGCAGGGGUAUGAUCUAUAUACUAAAACCACUUCAUUGAGCUAAAGUUGUUUUGGUGCAUAGAGAAUCCCUUUGACCCGCCACCUAAAUCGGUAAUGUGGGGGGGGGGGGAACACUGCCCUGAGAGAGAGAUGAGGGGGUACAUCCCAAUGUUUAAUUUCUAGUCCCUCUCUGUGAGACCAUCUGAUUGAAAUAGCAGAAUUUUACGCUGAUAAUUUACAGAAAUGCCUAUAGUGAAUAUUAUAUUGACAGCCACUGGAAGCAGGUUAGCUCUGCAAGUAAAACAUUUCUGCUCCUGCAGAACGGCAACGUUUUCAGCUGCAGGGUUAAAACGGGAGGCACAUGGCACCCUGACCACUUCAGUGAGAUUAAAUGGUCAGGUUGCCUAUCGUGUCCAUUUAAAUGUCAAAAGAGAGGAUGUCUCACUUGUUAUGGAGUGUAUUUGUAGUGAUCAGACCUCCUUCUUGUAUCACUAUGUACAUCUAUUAGUUCCUGAGAUUCCAUAAUACAGGGAAGCCUUCAGAUUACUUAAUACACAGGAUGGAUAAGGGUCAUUUGAGAAGAUCUUAUAAGACAGAUAUUCAGGUGAUUUACUGCAGGCAUAUUACCCAAACACCGCCUGUGCUCUCCCCUGUUCAUGUGUUAGGGAAGAGUGAAUUGAUCAACAGUUGUCCUUCCCAAUGAUAGUCAACAUCCCACAUUUGCUCUGCAUGCAAGCAGCUGUAUAGAGCUGCCCUCGAGACAUGUACAACUACAAUGGAAAGAUCCAUACUACUAUUUUUAAAAUGCUGAUUUUCUCAUUCAAUAAACAGUGUCCAAAGCUGAUAUGCUACUGCAGACGUAUCAUGUUCUGCUUUAGCAUAGCCUGCAGAUUAGAAGGGCCAAGGAUGGCUGUCAGAGCCAGGUAAGUGUUAAACCGUUCAUAAACACUGACAGAUUACACAGGGGACUAUUGGCACCAUCAACAAAAUGCUAUAGUGGUUAUGGUGGAUGAGUCUCCCUUUAAAGUGUGAGAAUGUAUAAUCUCUAGAGGAUGAAGUUAAACAAGGUGAUGGAACAUUGACGCAUUUUGUUUAAAGGAUUUAAUUCUCAUAUCAUAAACGUAUUAUUUAUUUUAGAAUAAUAUAAGCCUUCUCUUAUCUUUCAUUUUAGGACCAGAACAUGCCUAAGUGCAUUGUCAGAGAUUGCCCCCAUAAAACUGGAAGGAAGCUCGAAUGCCCUACUGUUGUGCUUCAUGCCUUCCCAAAUAAUCUUGAAAAAAUAAAACAGUGGCUGUUGCAGACCAGACAAGACUUUGGAGACCUUGAAACAUUUGCCAUUGAGGUCCUUGAAGGAAAAAAGAGUGAAAAGCAUUGCUUAUGCUCAGAGCAUUUCACAAGUGACUGCUACAUUUACCAAGGCAGCAAAGUCGUCCUCAGCCGUGACGCUAUACCCACCAUAUUCCCUGGGGGAGAAAAAAGUGGCACCACAGAAGAAUGUGAGGUUGGACCUCCACGUAAAAAAUACAGAAGUGGCACCCCAGAAUGCUCGAUAUUCAUAGAUGCUUUAGGAGUACCAUCACACACUGGGCAUGAAGAUGCAAGCACACAGACAGAUCCUCAUUUUGGACAUAAAGAUGUUGGAACAAAGACCAGUGCUACGCUUGGAAAAAAGCAUGCAAGCACGCAAACCAAAGGGAUUUAA